AUGACAUCCGGUAUCACCAGCACCAAGCACCCAGUCGUGCUGAUCCACGGCGUCUUCGGCUAUGGUAAAACCCGUCCGCUGUGGAAUACCUGGUCACCGUACUGGCCGGAGACGGCCCUGAGCGAGAUGAACCAGAACCACCUCAUGGUGGACGUGGGGGCCUUGUCGUCCGACCACGACCGCGCGUGUGAAGCCUUUUACCAACUGUACGGCGGUCGCGUCGACUACGGGGAGCAGCACAGUCGCGAGGCUGGUCACAACCGCUACGGUGCCACCUUCGGAGGCACCACAGCGCUGGAGCUGUACCAAUUGAUCUGCUCGGACUUCUUCGGUGUCGGUAGCGACUAUCGGUGGGUUGUCAGCCUGGUCUCCAUCGCUGGGCCCCUGACAGGCUCCACGGUGACGCACCUCUUCGGGCUGCACGAGCUGCGCAUGGUACCGUAUUCCCUCGGACACUUCAUUGGAGCAGCGUUGGGGGUCUGGUUCAAGCUGCAAACGGACUGGCCCGUGCUGCGUCGAGUGUUCGACUUCAAGAUGCCGCAGUGGCAGUGCGUGACCUCGUUCCGAGAGAUUCUGUCGCCCUACGGACGCAUCAACGGCUCCACCGACCUGGCAGUCUUCAACAUCCUGCCUCGGGAGCGCAUGAAGCGAAACGCGCAGUUGAUCCACAUGGACAAGAUCUUCCUCGUCUCGGUCGCCACUUCCACACUGGACUACGCCUCAAUCCCCUCGUUGUACGCUCUUCUGUUGGUCAUGCGCCGCCACGUACGGACACUUAACAAGAUUUUUGAGGGCUUUGAUCGGGAGCUGUGGAGUGAAAACGACGGAGCUGUGAAUCUCCACUCGAUGCUGCAACCGUGGACUGCAUUGAUCGACAGCAAGGUAUCCAAGGAAUCCGCCGACAGCGAUACCGAGUCGACGACAUCAACAGCGUCUUCACUCAGUGGCCUGGUCGAAGCAACCGAAGUUGCGGCUUCAACUUCGAAUGAGCUCACUGAGGACCGAAACCUGAACAUCAACCAAACUGGGUCAGACCUAGACCCAACGGAUCCGGUCAACUACUCCGAGCUGAGGCGAGGAAACUGGUACGUCCAUCGCGUCGAGAAGAAUCACAUGGCUGGAACACACUUCGACAGGGACUCGCCGGCACUGUUUCAACGGCUCUUUCGAGUCAUGGCAAACCACUUCGAAAGUACACAAAGCCUCGACAAAGCCAACCUCUGA